AUGAGCGAGCAAAAUUCACUUCGAAUUGCCACUUUUAAUAUUCGUUAUGACGGUCAUAAUAGUCCUCCCGCAUUAUCCUUCGUGGAAAGUGAAAACUUUAUUUCUCUAGGCAUGCUUAUUGUGAACAUUGUCGGACUACAGGAGGUCCUACACAAUCAAGUGAAAGAUCUGGAGGUUUUGCUUGGGAAGGAUUGGAAAUGGACUGGGGCUGGUCGUGACGAUGGAAAGUACGGAGGAGAAUUUGUACCGAUCUUUUAUAACACGAGACGUGUCGAACUUUUAGAAUCAAAAAAUUUUUGGCUUUCAAAGACUCCAGAUGUUCCCAGUAAAGGUUGGGAUGCAGGAUUACCUCAUACAUUUACAAACUCAACUUUCUUUUUCCUCAAUACCCACCUCGAUGAUCGUGGACAUAUCGCGCGAGAAGAAAGUGCGAAACUCAUACUCGAAAAAUAUCGAGAAUUGUUGAAAAUUUCUUCUGAUGCGGUAGUUCUUACAGGCGAUUUUAAUUGUAAGGAAAGCGACGAGCCUUAUCGAAUUAUCACAGGGAAAAGGGAGACAGGGUUGAAAUUCCCAAUACUUCGAGAUACGCGGUAUGAGAUCAGUCGGCCGAAAACAACUUCUUUCGGUGAUUCUUAUACGUUCACAGGGUUCUCCCCAGAUGUAGAACCUGUUAGGAUAGACUUUAUUUUUGCUAGCGAUAACGCAUUGUCGAAUGGAUCCGUUAAAGUAUUGAAUCACGGUGUUAUGUCAAAUCGUUAUGACGAUGGAAUGUAUAUUAGUGAUCAUCGCCCUGUGAUUGCUGAUUUGGCCUUGAAAAAAUGA